AUGCAUCUUCGAAAUCCAUAUCGGACCCCUCCGAACUUCGUUGCCCUGGCGGGAGCCUUUCCCGCUCUGAAACGACACUUGGUAAAAACCGGAGACUCUUACAGCAUCGACUAUAAGGACGAGAAUGCUCAGAGGCUCGUCCAUACGCUGCCCCUGCUGCACCGAGACUUCGGUUUGACCGUGAAUAUACCAGAAGGGAGACUGUUGAACUAUCUGCUUUGGCUCGAAGACGUGGUAAAUGCCACCCAUCUCGCCCUGGGGAGCGACGCGGAAACGCAGCCCAUCAUCAGAGGGCUCGACAUAGGCACAGGGGCGUCCGCGAUCUACCCUCUCCUCGGAUGCCGGCUGAAGCCCAACUGGACGUUCGCGGCGACGGACAUCGACCCGCUGUCUCUCGAAUGCGCGCGAGCGAACGUAAGCGCGAACGGACUGGAGCCGCGGAUCGCCGUCGUGGCCGUCAACGCGGACGGUCCGAUCCUCGGGGUGCUCGCGCAGGGUGAGCGGGGGAGCUCGGUGUUCGAGGAGCGGUACGACUUCACGAUGUGCAACCCGCCGUUCUACGCGAGCCGCGAGGAGGUCUUGCAGUCCGCGGAGGCGAAGGAGUUCACGCCGAACGCGGUCUGCACGGGGGCCGGCGUCGAGAUGAUCACCCCAGGCGGAGAAGCGGCGUUCGUCGGACGGAUGGUGGAGGAGAGCGCGGGCUUGUCGGACAAGUGCACGUGGGUGAGCGGCCACGCUGGGUCGGGUGGGUCGAGCUCACGAUCCCUCCCCCGAGCGCAGAUCGACAACCACGCCGUCGCGGAGCUCGUCCAGGGCCACACGAAGCGGUGGGUCGUCGCGUGGUCGUGGGGCGCCGCGCGGCUCCCCGACGCGAUCGGACGGCUCGCGCAGCCGGGCCUGCAGGGCGUGCUGCCGCCGCGCAACUCGCUGCAGCAGGCGCUGCCGCAAGGCGCGGCGAUGGCGAGCGUGCGCGCGGCGGUGCUCGACGUGCUGGCAUCGGUCGAGGGGGCGUCUGUGGCGCCCUGGGGGAGCGAGGGCGGGGUGGACGUGCUCGUGCGCGCGAGCAGGAACACGUGGGUGGACGGGGCGACACCGACGAUGUGGGUCGAAUGGGUGGCGGGGGUGGAUAGAGGGCUGUUUGAGGGGUUCGCGAGCCAUGUGGAGAGGAAGGUGGUCGCCGCGCUGAAGGCGGGAUGGGGUCGUAAAUCAGAGGGAGGGCAAGUAUCGAUGUAG